GGGGACAGAGUGCUAGCGGCCCGGCUGCGGCUGCGGCUCCGGAGCCCGAGGACAUUAGCCCUAAAGACGGGGAGCACACAAGAGCAAGCUCUAGACGGCGUGGCCGCGCCCAGGUGGAAAUGAGUUCCCAGCAGUUUCCUCGGUUAGGAACCCCUUCCCCUGGGCUUAGCCAGCCACCUUCACAGAUCACAAGCAGUGGUUCCGCAGGGUUGAUAAACCAAGUUGCCACAGUUAACGAUGAGGCUGGCCGAGAUGCUGAUGUUGGUACCAGGGAGCAUGUGGGCCCUAGCAGCUCCCUGCCGCCCCGGGAAGAGAAGCAGGAGCCAGUUGUGGUAAGGCCUUAUCCACAGGUACAGAUGCUGCCUGCACACCAUGCUGUCGCCUCAGCCACUCCUGUCGCAGUGACAGCCCCGCCAGCACACCUGACACCAGCAGUACCACUCUCUUUUUCAGAAGGACUUAUGAAGCCACCCCCGAAGCCUACCAUGCCUAGCCGUCCCAUUGCUCCUGCUCCCCCUUCUACCAUGUCACUUCCCCCGAAAGUUCCAGGGCAGGUUACUGUUACCAUGGAGAGCAGCAUCCCUCAAGCCUCAGCCAUUCCUGUGGCAACAAUCAGUGGACAACAGGGGCAUCCCAGUAACCUGCAUCAUAUUAUGACCACAAAUGUUCAGAUGUCCAUAAUCCGCAGCAAUGCUCCCGGGCCCCCUCUUCACAUUGGAGCUUCCCACUUACCUCGAGGUGCAGCUGCUGCUGCUGUGAUGUCCAGCUCUAAAGUAACCACAGUCCUGAGGCCAACUUCACAGCUGCCAAAUGCUGCUACGGCACAGCCAGCAGUGCAGCACCUCAUUCACCAGCCAAUCCAGUCUCGGCCACCUGUGACCACCUCCAGUACUAUCCCUCCUGCUGUGGUAGCGACAGUCUCAGCCACCAGAGCACAGUCUCCUGUCAUCACUACUACAGCAGCACACGCGGCUGACUCAGCGCUCAGUCGGCCCACUUUAUCUAUCCAGCAUCCACCAUCUGCAGCCAUUAGUAUUCAGCGUCCUGCACAGACUCGAGAUGUGACAACAAGAAUCACACUACCUUCUCAUCCUGCGUUAGGGACUCCGAAACAACAGCUGCAUACAAUGGCUCAGAAAACCAUCUUUAGUACUGGCACACCAGUGGCUGCAGCUACAGUAGCACCUAUUCUGGCAACCAACACGCUUCCUUCAACAACCACAGCUGGAUCUGUGUCGCACACACAAGCUCCCACAAGUACAAUUGUUACCAUGACAAUGCCCUCCCAUUCAUCCCAUGCUACUGCUGUGACCACUUCAAAUAUCCCAGUUGCUAAGGUGGUGCCCCAGCAGAUCACACACACUUCCCCUCGGAUCCAGCCUGAGUACCCUCCGGAAAGAAGUAGCCUGAUUCCCAUUUCCGGNCAUCGGGCCUCUCCAAAUCCUGUGGCUAUGGAAACCCGAAAUGAUAACAGACCUUCCGUUCCUGUUCAGUUCCAGUACUUCUUGCCAACUUACCCACCCUCUGCCUACCCACUGGCUGCACACACCUACACCCCCAUCACCAGUUCUGUGGACGUUAUUCUACCCUUUCCUGUUUCUGCUCAGGCCCCAAACUCCACCAUCACAGCUCAGACUGGCGUUGGUGUAGCAUCUACAGUCCACCUGAACCCCAUGCAGCUGAUGACAGUGGAUGCUUCACAUGCCCGACAUAUCCAGGGGAUCCAGCCAGCACCCAUCAGUACACAGGGAAUCCAACCAGCCCCCAUUGGGACAUCAGGGAUCCAGCCAGCACCAAUUGGCACCCAAGGAAUCCAUUCAGCAGCCCCAAUCAACACUCAGGGGCUUCAGCCAGCAACGAUGGGUAAUCAGCAGCCACAGCCUGAAGGGAAAACUUCAGUGGUGUUGGCAGAUGGAGCUACAAUUGUAGCCAACCCUAUUAGCAACCCUUUCAGUGCUGCUCCAGCAGCAACCACAGUGGGCCAGACACACAGUCAGAGUGCUAGCACCAACACACCAGCCCAGGGCUCUUCUCCCCGGCCCAGCAUACUGCGGAAGAAACCUGCCACAGAUGGAAUGGCAGUCCGGAAAACUCUCCUCCCUCCUCAGCCUCCUGAUGUGACUAGUCCUCGAGUAGAAAGCUCUAUGCGGAGUGCUUCUGGGUCACCUAGACCUGCAGGUGCCAAACCUAAAUCUGAAGUGCAUGUGUCUAUAGCCACUCCAGUCACAGUGUCCUUGGAGACCAUAUCCAAUCAAAAUGCCGAACAACCUACCGUUGCNGUCCCUCCAACUGCCCAGCAGCCGCCACCGACCAUUCCCAGCAUGAUUGCAGCAGCCAGUCCUCCAUCCCAACCAGCCAUUGCUCUUUCCACCAUUCCCGGAGCCNUGCCUGUCACUCCACCCAUCACCACCAUUGCUGCUGCACCAACACUGUCAGCACCUGUGGGCGGCACUCCUUCCACGGUCCUGGGACCUCCUGUUCCUGAGAUCAAAGUAAAAGAAGAAGUGGAGCCAGUGGACAUCACCAGGCCUGUCUCUAAGGAGAAGAAAGCUAUGCUACAGGAAAUAGCUAAUCAGAAAGGUGUGUCCUGCCGUGCGCAGGGCUGGAAAGUUCACCUCUGUGCUGCCCAGUUACUACAGCUGACAAAUCUAGAACACGACGUUUAUGAAAGACUUACCAACCUACAGGAAGGGAUUAUCCCAAAGAAAAAGGCAGCAACUGAUGACGAUCUACAUCGAAUAAAUGAGCUGAUACAGGGAAACAUGCAGAGGUGUAAACUAGUGAUGGACCAAAUCAGUGAAGCCAGAGACUCUAUGCUUAAGGUUUUGGAUCACAAAGAUCGGGUCCUGAAGCUUCUCAACAAGAACGGGACUGUCAAGAAAGUGUCAAAAUUGAAACGAAAGGAGAAGGUGUAGACCCGGAAGAAUCAGGACUUGGAAACAGAAUUUAUGAAGAAUGAUGCUGCGGGGGUGGGGGGAGGGGGGAGGGCUUUGCUACUUUGACAAUGGAGCAUUGAAUUGCAGGACACUUUUCUUCGUUCACUUGAGGAAGCAGAUCUGGUGGCACAGAAGGAUCAGAACUGGACUGACGUGCCGAGUCCGCCUUCCUCUAGACGCACACCUAUUGCACCUCAGUUUUCAGGGACUCCAGACACUUGGUGACACAGAUGGCCAGCUGAGUUUUCAGCCUUUCAGUCCAUAGACUGUAUUUAUCUGGUGGAUUCCUGUAGGGCCUGAGCUGAGCCUGGACUAAAAGUGUCCACUUGGACAAUCUAUUCUCUCUAGACUAAACAUAAAACCUCUUCUUACCCCAGUCACUUCUCCUGUUUGACUGUCCAAUGCCCAAAUUGGCCUUCUACAGUGGUGCCACAGCACCCAGAGAGCUGCCACAUCUCAUGCAAAAGGAUCCAGCAAUCAGUUCUUGUCAUUUUCAAAAGAAUCAUUUCCAAGUGAUACUGUUACACUGUCUGUCCUGCCUGUGUCAGCUGGAUUCUUGUGGAGGUUGAGAGCAAACUACACUAAAGUGCUCUGGAAUCCUGUUCUAGAGAACAUUUCCAGUUAUCUUUACUUCCCUACCGCUGUGAUGCUGUUAAUCAGAUGUACCAUGCACCUCCAGACAUCAAUAAAGGACUA